AUUGUAUGUUUCAAUGGGAUGCAGCACUGUUGACUAAUUUAUGUUUGUUGUCUUUUUAUGUGAAAUGGGGAAUGAAUGGAGCAGUGCUGAGAUGCCACGUGGAAAAGGUUUCCGUCGCUCCCAGGCAGCCAAGAGGAGGAAUGCUGAGCAUUUCAUGCUUAGUUCCUUCAUGGACUUGGCAGAGGAUAUGCCUCCUCUCAAAAAAAAGGCACCUACUGAAAACUCUGAAACAAAUACUUGUCCAAAAUCAUGCCGAAGUUUUACGUGGUUCUUUCCAUCAGGGUGAUGCGAGAUUUGGUUGGAACAGAAACCGUCAGUGUGCAGUGAACAGUAUCACAGCAGUCAUGAUGGGUGUGCUGAAGGAUGUGGUGACAUGGACAACAGAGGACCUGAAUGCUGUUCUGUUGCAUGGAGAUGAGCUGUACACAUUAAUGCGAUUGCAGGGGAAGAUCAAUGAUCAAACAGGGUUUGGUCAUGUUUCUGUUGCAGAACUUCCAAGACAGCACAUAUUUAACAAGACAAUAUUAAAAUUAAAGCAUGGUGAAUCUUU